AUGUUUAAAGGAUCGAAAGAGGGAAGAACGAUGAAAUGGGUUACAUUGCUUAAAGACUUCAAAGAGAAGGUUGGAAUCACUCAAUCUUCGCCACCGGCUUUAACUGCUUCUUCUUCUGCUCAACCUUCAUCUUCUUCUCGUGAAAACAAUGCCUUCUCAGCUUCGCAAGUCUCUUCUUCAUCUCCUACCAGGGACAGACAUGAGCUGGAAUUGGAUUUCAAGAGAUUCUGGGAAGAGUUUAGGUCAUCCAGCUCUGAGAAGGAAAAAGAAGCGGCCUUGAAUUGGAGUAUAGAUUCUUUUUGUAGAUUAGUAAAGCAGCAGGCUAAUGUAGCUCAAUUAGUUACCAUGUUAGUUGAAACACAUAUAUUCUCUUUUGUUGUGGGACGAGCAUUUGUAACAGAUAUAGAGAAGUUAAAAAUCAGCAGCAAAACAAGAUCUUUGGAUGUUGCUAAAGUUUUAAAGUUUUUCUCUGAAGUCACAAAGGAUGGCAUCAGUCCAGGAGCAAAUUUAUUAACGUCAGUGGGAAUCCUUGUAUCUGGGCCUAUUGACAAGCAAUCUCUACUUGACUCUGGAAUAUUUUGCUGUCUCAUUCAUGUUCUCAAUGCCCUUCUCGAUCCUGACGUGACCAUUCAAAGGCCAAAUAAUGCUACCGAUCAUGAAGAACAUUUGGUUUUACAAAAAGAAUAUAAUGGUGAUAUUGGGCAUAACCGGCGGCUUGAGAUAGAGGGAAGUGUAGUGCAUAUCAUGAAAGCACUAGCAAGCCAUCCAUCAGCAGCUCAGAGUUUGAUAGAGGAUGAUUCACUUCAGUUGCUUUUUCAAAUGGUUGCCAAGGGGUCUUUGAUUGUGUUCUUACGUUAUAAGGAAGGACUUAUUCCUUUGCACAGCAUUCAACUUCAUAGACAUGCUAUGCAGAUACUUGGUCUUCUUUUGGCUAAUGACAAUGGAAGCACAGCCAAAUACAUCCGCAGGCAUCUCCUGAUAAAAGUUCUUUUACUGGCUGUGAAAGAUUUUGAUCCUGAUUGUGGAGAUUCUGCUUAUACUGUAGGCAUUGUUGACUUGUUACUCAAGUGUGUUGAAUUGUCAUAUAGAUCUGAGGCUGGUACAGUCAGAUUGCGAGAGGAUAUACAUAAUGCCCAUGGAUAUCAAUUCCUUGUUCAAUUUGCACUAACUCUUUCAAACAUGACAGAAAGUCAGGGCUUUCAAUCCAUUCCUUCUGAUGAUGACAAAAAUGUUACUCCAGAUGAGUCCCAAAAUAGCAGAGAACAAAGUUUCAAUGAACAAGAAAAGUCUUCCAUUCAAUAUCUCUCACCAACUCUGUCUAGGUUGCUAGAUGUUCUUGUUAGUCUAGCUCAAACUGGGUUGAUGGAGUCUCCACCUACUUAUGGCGGUAAGGGUUCUAAACCUUCUCAGAGCAAGGGUGGUGGUCAUAUCAAAAGUCGUACCUUAUCUAGUGACUGGCUUGGUGAUGAAUUAUGGGAGAAGGACAAUGAUAAAAUUAAGGACCUCGAAGCAGUCCAGAUGUUGCAAGAUAUUCUCCUUAAAGCCAGUAACCAGGAGUUGCAGGCCGAAGUACUAAAUAGAUUGUUCAAAAUUUUUUCAGGUCAUUUAGAUAACUACAAGUUGUGUCAACAAUUACGUACUGUUCCACUUUUAAUCCUAAAUAUGGCUGGUUUUCCUUCUUCUUUGCAAGAGAUAAUCUUGAAAAUUCUCGAGUAUGCUGUGACUGUAGUAAAUUGUGUUCCCGAGCAAGAGUUACUGUCACUUUGUUGCUUAUUGCAGCAACCAAUAACAUCAGAGUUGAAGCAGACAAUACUUUCUUUCUUUGUAAAACUCUUGUCUUUUGACCAACAGUACAAGAAAGUUCUGCGAGAAGUUGGUGUUUUGGAAGUUAUGUUAGAUGAUCUGAAGCAACACAGGAUUUUAGGUCCAGAUCAACAGAAUGUUAACUUCAACCAGCUAGAGAGGAAAAGUAGCUCAAGUAGCUUUAAGAAGCAUAUGGGCAAUAGGGAUGUUAUUAUUACUUCUCCCAAGCUUAUGGAAUCUGGUUCAGGGAAGUUUCCUAUUUUUGAUGUUGAAGCUACAAUUGCUAUUGCCUGGGACUGCAUGGUAUCUUUGUUGAAGAAAACUGAGGCCAAUCAAGCUUCAUUCCGCUCCGCUACUGGUGUGACUACCGUGCUGCCUUUUUUGGUGUCUGAUAUACAUCGUCCAGGGGUUCUCAGGACAUUGUCAUGUCUUAUAAUUGAAGAUACCUCACAGGCCCAUCCUGAAGAAUUAGGUGUUUUGGUUGAAAUUUUGAAAAGUGGAAUGGUAACCAGUGCAUCUGGAUCCCAGUACCGGCUUUCCCUUGAUGCAAAAUGUGACACUAUGGGAGCACUGUGGCGUAUCCUGGGAGUUAAUAGCUCUGCUCAGAAGGUUUUUGGUGAAGCCACUGGUUUUUCUCUAUUGCUUACGACACUCCAUGGGUUCCAAAGUGAUGAAGACUUGGACCAAUCCUCAUUGAAUUUUUACACAAAGGUUUUUACCUAUUUAUUGCGCGUUGUAACUGCUGGAGUGUCUGACAAUGCUGUUAAUAGAAUGAAACUGCAUGCAAUUAUAUCGUCACAAACUUUCUUUGAUCUUCUGUGUGAGUCUGGCCUACUUUGUGUGGAGCAUGAAAAAGAAGUCAUCCAGUUGAUGUUAGAACUUGCUCUUGAAAUAGUGAUUCCGCCUUUCUUAGCAUCAGAAGGUUUGACAAAAUCAAACGCAAUUGAGAACGAGUCUUCUCAGAAUCUUUUAUUGACUCCGUCAGGUCCAGUUAAUCCUGAUAAAGAGCGAGUUUACAAUGCUGGCCCUAUUAAGAUUCUGAUUCGUUCAUUAUUGAUGUUCACUCCUAUGGUGCAGUUAAAUUUUUUAGACUUAAUUGAAAAGUUGGCUCGUGCUGGCCCCUUUAAUCUGGAAAGCCUCACUUCAACAGGUUGCGUGGAACUUUUGCUGGAUACAAUCCACCCUUUUCUUUCGGGUUCAUCUUCCUUACUCUCUCGUGCAUUGAAGAUUGUAGAAGUUCUUGGUUCUUACAGGCUAUCUGCAUCUGAACUUCGUACGCUCAUUAGAUAUGUUAUACAAAUGAGGAUGAAAAAUUCUGGUCAUAUAAUUGUUGAAAUGAUGGAAAAAUUAAUUCUGAUGCAAGACAUGUCCUCAGAGAAUAUUUCUCUAGCACCAUUUAUUGAGAUGGAUAUGAGCAAGAUUGGGCAUGCUGCCAUUCAGGUUUCGUUGGGUGAAAGAUCAUGGCCUCCAGCUGCUGGUUAUUCAUUUGUUUGUUGGUUCCAGUUUCAAAAUUUUUUGAAAUCACCAUCCAAAGAUACUGACCCUUCUAAAGCUGUCCCUUCCAAGAAGCGCUUUGGCCCCAAUGGACUACAGGAGCGACAUGUCUUAAGGAUUUUUUCUGUUGGUGCUACUAACAACGAUGAAGCAACCUAUGCUGAACUUUAUCUCCAGGAGGAUGGCGUUUUAACUCUUGCAACCAGUAACUCUUCCUGCUUAUCAUUUUCUGGUUUAGAACUUGAAGAAGGAAGGUGGCAUCACCUUGCAAUCAUUCACAGCAAGCCAAAUGCUCUUGCUGGGCUGUUUCAAGCUAGUGUUGCAUAUGUUUAUCUAAAUGGGAAGUUAAGGCACACUGGGAAGUUAGGAUACUCGCCCUCCCCACCUGGUAAACCAUUGCAAGUCACUAUUGGAACAUCAGUUGGCAGUGCGAGAGUUAGUGACUUAGCAUGGAAACUACGCUCUUGCUAUCUUUUUGAGGAAGUGCUUACACCUGGCUGUAUUUGUUUUAUGUAUAUACUUGGUAGAGGAUACAGAGGGCUCUUUCAGGAUACUGAUCUUCUACAAUUUGUACCUAACCAGGCCUGUGGUGGUGGUAGUAUGGCCAUAUUAGAUUCUUUAGAUGCUGAUUUGACUUUGGUUGCUAAUGGUCAGAGAGUGGAUACUAUUAGCAAGCAGGGAGACCUAAGGGCAGAUGGAAGUGGAAUUGUUUGGGAUUUGGAGAGACUUGGAAACCUUUCUUUACAGCUUUCAGGGAAGAAACUCAUUUUUGCAUUUGAUGGAACUUCUACAGAAUUUAUUCGAUCUUCAGGUAGUUUUUCAGUGCUCAAUUUGGUUGAUCCUACGUCAGCUGCUGCGUCUCCUAUUGGAGGUAUUCCACGUUUUGGACGACUCUGCGGAGAUGCUUACAUCUGCAAGCAAGAUGUAAUUGGAGAGACUAUCCGUCCUAUUGGUGGGAUGGAACUUGUCCUCGCUCUUGUUGAAGCUGCUGAAACUAGGGAUAUGCUGCAUAUGGCUUUGAUUUUACUUGCCUGUGCUCUUCACCAAAAUCAUCAAAAUCUUAAGGACAUGCAAACAUAUAGGGGAUACCACCUGCUUGCUCUUUUUUUGCGUCGUAGAAUGUCAUUAUUCGACAUGCAAUCUCUUGAGAUAUUCUUUCAGAUUGCUGCAUGUGAAGCUUCAUUUUCUGAACCCAAAAAGUUGGAAACUACCCAGGCUAACAUGUCUCCUGGUGCAUCACUGCAGGAAGCCAAUCUCGAGGAUAGUUUUUUGUCGAAGUUUCAGGAUGAGAAUUCUUCAAUUGGGUCUCAUGGAGACAUGGAUGAUUUUUCCGUACCAAAAGAUUCGUUUAGUCACAUUUCAGAGCUAGAAAAUACUGAUAUUGCUGCAGAAACUUCAAAUUGCAUUGUCUUGUCAAAUGCGGACAUGGUUGAACAUGUCUUGUUGGAUUGGACAUUGUGGGUAACGGCCUCAGUUUCAAUCCAAAUUGCAUUACUUGGUUUUCUUGAAAACUUAGUGUCUAUGCACUGGUACAGAAAUCAUAACCUUACAAUUUUGCGGCGAAUCAACCUUGUUCAACAUUUACUAGUUACAUUGCAAAGGGGUGAUGUUGAAGUUCCUGUCCUUGAAAAAUUGGUUGUGUUGCUUGGAGUCAUUUUGGAAGAUGGGUUUCUAUCUUCUGAGCUUGAAAAUGUGGUUAGAUUUGUGAUAAUGACAUUUGAUCCACCAGGGUUGGCUCCACAACGUCCAAUUAUGAGAGAAUCAAUGGGAAAACAUGUGAUUGUUAGAAAUAUGUUACUAGAGAUGCUAAUUGAUCUACAAGUCACAAUUAAAUCAGAAGAGUUGCUUGAGCAGUGGCAUAAAGUUGUUUCUUCCAAGUUAAUUACAUAUUUUCUUGAUGAAGGAGUUCACCCCACAAGUAUGAGAUGGGUCAUGACUUUACUUGGCGUAUGUCUUACUUCCUCUCCAACAUUUGCACUUAAAUUUCGAACUGGUGGAGGUUAUCAAGGUUUGGUUCGCGUGCUCCCCAGUUUCUAUGAUUCCCCAGAUAUCUAUUAUAUUUUGUUCUGUUUGAUAUUUGGCAAGCCAGUUUAUCCUAGGUUACCAGAGGUCCGAAUGCUGGACUUUCAUGCUCUUAUGCCAAAUGAUGGAAAUUAUACCGAACUUAAAUUUGUAGAAUUGUUGGAUUCUGUGGUUGCUAUGGCAAAAACUACUUUUGAUAGAGUAAGCAUGCAGUCAAUGCUUGCCCACCAAACUGGCAAUCUUUCACAGGCUGGUGCAAGCCUUGUGGCUGAGCUUAUAGACGGAAAUUCAGACAUGGCUGGUGAGCUUCAAGGAGAAGCUCUUAUGCACAAGACCUAUGCUGCUCGUCUUAUGGGUGGAGAGGCAUCGGCUCCUGCUGCUGCAACUUCUGUUCUACGAUUCAUGGUUGAUCUGGCUAAGAUGUGCCCCCUUUUUACUGCUGUUUGUAGGCGUCCAGAAUUUCUUGAAAGCUGCAUUGACUUGUAUUUUUCUUGUGCAAGGGCUGCACAUGCUGUUAAAAUAGCCAAAGAACUCUCUGCAGUGACGGAAGAAAAAACCUUGAAUGAUGGCGAUGAUACCAGCAGUUCCCAAAAUACAUUUUCUAGCUUGCCUCUGGAUCAGGAUCAGUCUGUCAAAACCUCUAUUAGUGUCGGUAGCUUUCGUCAAGGGCAGGUAAGUUCAAGUUCUGAUGAUAUGGCUGCACCAGCAAACUCUAUGGUUGGUGAGAAAUCAGACAAUGUUACAGUAACAAAGCCAGAGUCAAAUGUUACUGUAACCGAGCCAGAAUCAAAUAAAUCUCUUCAUGAAGACACACAAACUGUUCAAAGCUUGGAUGGUGAUAUUGCUGACCAGGGCUCUGUCUCUUCCAGUGCACAUGAGUUUAGCUUUCACAGUAGCAAAGGAAAUUUAGACAUUCACAUGCCAACAUAUUCCCAGAGUUCUGCAUCUCUUGCUGCUCUGGAUUCUCCUGUUUUUUCGGAAAAAUCCAGUUCUAAAAUUCCUGUUACACCUUCUUCAUCACCAGUUCUUGCGUUGACAUCUUGGCUGGGAAGCUCAAGCCAUAACGAAGCAAAAUCUCCCGUAACUCCUACUCCUUCCUUCAGUUCUUCUAUGUCGGCUGUGGAAUUUGAUUCAACUUCAAACCCAAAGUCUAACUUUCAAGAGGCAUCUUCUGCAAAUUCUUACUUUACAGUAACCUCGAAGCUGCUUUUGGAUAUAAAUGAUUCUGGAUAUGGUGGUGGUCCUUGCUCUGCAGGAGCUACUGCUGUAUUAGAUUUCAUAGCAGAAGUCCUUUCUGAAUUUGUGACAGAACAGGUGAAAGCAUCACAGCUUAUAGAGAACAUCUUGGAAAGUGUUCCUCUAUAUAUCGAUAGUGAAUCUGUGUUGGUUUUCCAAGGACUGUGUCUUGGGAGGUUUAUAAACUUCCUUGAGAGGCGACUGCUGCGCGACGAUGAAGAAGAUGAGAAAAAGUUGGAUAAGAUUCGUUGGUCGUCAAAUUUGGAUGCUUUGUGCUGGCUGAUAGUGGAUCGGGUAUACAUGGGUGCUUUUCCUCAACCUUCAGGGGUACUGAAAACUCUUGAGUUUUUGUUGUCGAUGUUGCAAUUGGCAAACAAAGAUGGUAGAAUUGAAGAAGCUGCUCCUGCUGGAAAGAGGCUCUUGUCAAUUGCAAGAGGAAUUAGUAUAGGGGAGGAUGAUCUCCUUUCACGGUUGGGUUUUCUCGUGGAACCAAAAAAGAGACUAUCCUCAACUUCUUCUCAAGAUGAUUCAGGGAUUGAUAUAUACACUGUCUUGCAGUUAUUGGUUGCUCAUAAAAGAAUAAUAUUCUGUCCCAGCAAUGCCGAUACAGAUCUUAACUGCUGUCUAUGUGUGAAUCUAGUAUCUCUUCUAUGUGAUAAAAGACAUAAUGUACAGAAUAUUGCUAUAGAUGUGUUCAAGUAUCUUCUGGUACAUAGGAGGGCUGCAUUAGAAGAUUUGCUCGUUUCCAAACCUAAUCAAGGGAAGCAAAUUGAUGUACUUCAUGGUGGUUUUGAUAAAUUAUUGACUAGAAGUUUGUCAGAGUUUUCUGAGUGGUAUCAGACUACUGAACAGAUUGUGAAUAAGGUAUUGGAGCAGUGUGCUUGCAUCAUGUGGGUACAGUAUAUUGCAGGAUCAGCAAAGUUUCCAGGAGUAAGAAUCAAAGGGAUAGAAGGUCGGCGAAAGAAGGAAAUGGGAAAAAAAACUCGAGAAGCUGCAAAAUUAGAUUUAAGGCACUGGGAGCAGGUAAAUGAGCGAAGAUAUGCACUGGAUUUAGUUCGUGAUGCAAUGUCCACCGAGUUGAGAGUUGUUAGGCAGGAUAAGUAUGGAUGGAUUCUGCAUGCUGAGAGUGAGUGGCAAUGCCAUCUUCAGCAACUUGUGCAUGAACGAGGGAUAUUCCCACUAAGUAAAUCCUCUUUGACUGAAGAGCCAGAAUGGCAGCUUUGUCCAAUUGAAGGUCCGUAUCGAAUGCGGAAAAAACUUGAAUGCUGUAGACUUAAAAUUGACACCAUACAAAAUAUUCUUGAUGGACAGUUUGAAUUGGAGAUACCAGAGUUGUCGAAAGGAAAAGUUGACCAUGGUCCUGAUGCAUCCGAUUCAAAACCUUAUUUUUCACUGUUGACUGAUGGUGCCAAACAGAAUAGCUCUGACAGUGAGCUGUUUGAACCUUUCUUUGAAGAUACGUUGGAUAGUGUUAAAGAUGCAGUUUCUGAGAAGAAUGAGUGGAAUGAAGACAAAGCUAGUAGCAUGAAUGCAAGUCUGCAUUCUGCACUUGAGCAUGGUGCUAAGUCUAGUACAAUGUCAGUUCCAAUAGGAGAAAGCACACUAGGAAGAUCUGAUAUGGGAUCUCCAAGACAAUCUUCUUCUGUUAAAGUUGAUGAUCUUAAAAUUGCCGAUGAUAGGUCUGAUAAAGAACUGUAUGAUAAUGGUGAAUACUUAAUCAGACCUUUUCUGGAACCUUCGGAGAAAAUAAGAUUUAAAUAUAACUGUGAACGAGUUGUGGGUCUCGACAAACAUGAUGGUAUAUUCCUGAUAGGUGAAUUCUGUUUGUAUGUGAUUGAAAACUUUUAUAUUGAUGACUCUGGUUGCUUUUGGGAGAAAGAAUGUGAAGAUGAACUCUCAGUCAUUGAUCAGGCUUUGGGUGUCAAGAAAGAUCUUAGUGGCAGUUUAGAUUUUCAAUCCAAAUCAACUUUGUCAUGGAGCACAACAGCUAAAUCAUUGGUUGGGGGAAGGGCAUGGGCCUACAGUGGCGGUGCAUGGGGAAAGGAAAAAUUACAAACCAGUGGAAACUUACCUCAUCCUUGGCGCAUGUGGAAGCUUGAUAGUGUUCAUGAGAUUUUGAAGCGUGAUUACCAACUUCGUCCUGUUGCUGUUGAAAUAUUUAGCAUGGAUGGAUGUAAUGAUCUUUUGGUCUUCCAUAAAAAAGAGAGGGAAGAAGUUUUUAAAAAUCUAGUUGCCAUGAAUCUUCCACGGAAUAGCAUGCUGGACACAACUAUUUCCGGAUCAUCAAAACAAGAAAGCAAUGAGGGCAGCCGUCUCUUCAAAGUAAUGGCAAAAUCCUUUUCAAAGAGGUGGCAAAGUGGAGAAAUAAGCAACUUCCAAUACCUUAUGCAUCUCAACACCUUGGCAGGACGUGGAUAUAGUGAUCUUACCCAAUAUCCAGUCUUUCCAUGGGUCCUUGCGGAUUAUGAGAGUGAAAAUCUUGAUUUGUCUGACCCAAAAACAUUCCGCAGGCUCGAUAAACCAAUGGGUUGUCAGACACCUGAAGGAGAAGAGGAAUUUAAAAAAAGAUAUGAUAGCUGGGAUGAUCCAGAGGUUCCAAAGUUUCAUUAUGGAUCUCAUUAUUCUAGUGCUGGAAUUGUUUUAUUCUAUCUCCUCCGUCUGCCCCCAUUCAGUUCAGAGAAUCAAAAGCUUCAGGGUGGCCAGUUUGACCAUGCUGAUCGCCUUUUCAAUAGUGUAAGGGAUACUUGGUUAAGUGCUGCUGGGAAGGGAAACACAUCUGAUGUGAAGGAACUAAUUCCAGAAUUUUUUUAUAUGCCCGAGUUCUUGGAGAAUCAAUUCAAUCUUGACUUGGGAGAAAAACAGUCUGGCGAGAAGGUUGGGGAUGUUUUCCUACCUCCCUGGGCAAAAGGUAGCGCUCGAGAGUUCAUCAAUAAGCACAGGGAAGCUCUUGAAUCUGAUUUUGUCUCAGAAAAUUUGCACCACUGGAUAGACCUCAUUUUUGGAUAUAAGCAGAGAGGGAAGGCUGCCGAGGAAUCAGUCAAUGUGUUCUAUCAUUAUACAUAUGAGGGGAGUGUAGACAUAGACUCAGUUACAGAUCCUGCCAUGAAAGCAUCCAUUUUAGCACAAAUUAAUCAUUUUGGGCAGACACCAAAGCAACUGUUUCUCAAAGCACACGUGAAAAGGAAAAUUGAGAGAAAACUUCCUCCUCAUCCCCUUAAACAUUCCAGUCAUCUUGUUCCACAUGAGAUCCGCAAAAGUUCUUCACCUAUCACUCAAAUCGUCGCUCUCAAUGAUAAAAUUCUCAUAGCAGGAACUAACAAUUUACUUAAACCAAGAACAUAUACCAAAUAUGUUGCUUGGGGUUUCCCUGACUGUAGCCUUAGAUUUUUGAGCUAUGAACAAGAUAGACUUAUUUCCACACAUGAAAAUUUACAUGGAGGUAAUCAAAUUCAGUGUGCUAGUGUUAGCCAUGAUGGUCAGAUUCUGGUUACUGGGGCAGAUGAUGGGCUUGUUAAUGUUUGGAGAGUUAGUAAGUUUGGGCCUCGUGCCUUGCGGCGCUUGAAGUUGGAGAAGCCACUUUGUGGGCACACAGCCAAAAUCACUUGCCUUCAAGUAUGCCAGCCUUACAUGCUUAUUGUGAGUGGAUCAGAUGAUUGUACAGUUAUUAUAUGGGAUCUCAGCUCGAUGGCAUUUGUACGGCAACUCCCAGAAUUCCCAGCACCGAUUUCAGCAGUUUUUGUUAAUGACUUGACUGGAGAGAUUGUUACAGCAGCUGGUAUUCUUCUGGCAGUUUGGAGCAUCAAUGGGGACUGCCUGUCAAUGAUCAACACAUCACAACUGCCAUCUGAUUCUAUUCUCUCAGUGACAAGCAGUACAUUUUCUGAUUGGCAGGAAACAAAGUGGUACGCAACUGGUCAUCAGAGUGGUUCUGUCAAAGUUUGGCAAAUGGUGCACUUCUCUGACCCAGAUAGCUCCCUCAGCAAAUCAGGUUCUAGUGGGUUCAGAGCGUUAAAUCUUGGUUCAAAAGAACCAGAAUACAGAUUGAUCCUACGCAAGGUACUCAAGUUCCAUAAGCAUCCGGUUACCGCCCUUUAUCUCUCAACUGAUCUGAAACAGCUAUUAAGCGGGGAUGGAGAAGGGCACUUGCUUUCCUGGACACUACCUGAUGAGAGUCUGCGAGGUUCGCUAAAUCAGGGGUGA